AUGUCCGAUGGUUCCCGUAAAUCGGGCACAAAGUCCACCUUCCACUUCGUAGCUGGUCUCGGCUCCGGUGUCCUCUCCGCUAUCCUUCUCCAACCCAUCGACCUCCUCAAGACCCGCGUCCAGCAAUCCGGCAAACACUCCCUCCGCGCCGCCCUCGCCGAGCUCCGCUCCUCCCAACAAGGCCUCCUCCCCUCUCUCUGGCGUGGCACCCUCCCGUCAGCUCUGCGCACCGGCUUCGGCUCCGCCAUCUACUUCACGACCCUCAACACCAUCCGCGAAAAUGCCGCGCGCCAUCUGCCCUCGCUCGCAGCGGCCGCGCCCACCAUAGCCGCCGCAUCCGGCAUUGUCGCCCCCAACGCAAACCAGACAUCCUCCUCCCUCCCUAAGCUCUCCAACACAGGCAACCUCCUCGCGGGCGCCGUCGCCCGCUCCUUUGCCGGCUUCAUCCUCAUGCCGCUCACCGUGCUCAAGGUCCGGUACGAAAGCAGUUUCUACAAGUACACCUCUUUAGCCGGCGCGGCGCGGGAUAUCGCGCGAACGGAAGGGGCGCGCGGCUUCUUUGCUGGGUUCGGCGCAACCGCCAUUCGCGAUGCGCCGUACGCGGGACUGUAUGUCUUGUUCUACGAAAAAUCCAAACAACAUCUCAGCAAUCUUUUCCCGCAGCCACCACAACCACAACUAUCCACCACCACCACCCUUGAGGCAGCAGCGGGACAAGACGGAGGAGGACGCAUGAGCCAAUCCCGCGCCGCUUCGAUCAACUUUGCCUCGGGCGUCUUCUCGGCAAUCAUCUGCUCGAUUAUUUCGAACCCGUUUGAUGCGGUCAAGACGAGGAUCCAGCUGCAGCCGAAAAAGUACCGAAAUAUGGUGCAGGCUUCGAGAAAGAUGUUGGCCGAGGAAGGGGUGAGGAGCAUGAUGGAUGGACUGGCGCUCAGGAUGAGCAGGAAGGCGAUGAGCUCGGCGUUGGCGUGGACGGUUUAUGAGGAGCUGAUUAGACGGGCGGAGGGGGCGUGGACGAAGAGGGGACCGGAGGAGGUUCAGCUGUAA